AUGGCGGCGUUAUUACGAUUAGUAUGUGCAUUAAGUGCUUUUGUGUGUGUGAAUGGACAUGUUGCUCUGACCUACCCACCGGCUAGGAAAUAUGAUUUAGACUUUUUAGAUAAUUCAAGAACAAAACCGCCAUGUGGAAUGCCCAAAGGAUCAAUACGGACAUCAUUUUUAGCGGGAUCGGCAUUCACAGUACAUUGGCAUUUAGCAUAUGCACACCGGGGUGGAUUUAGUUUAAGAAUAUUGGAUUACUUAGAGCGACCUCUAUUGGAUCUUACACCAAGAGCUGGCGGUUCCGAGUUUGUUCGUGAUGAUGUCACUGCUCAAAAGUACGAAGUGCAUUUACCAAGUGACUUCACCUGUGAAAACUGCACACUGCAAUUGCAAAGAGAAGCCGGAGAGUGGGGGGCCAACUACCGCUUCUGGUCCUGCGCAGACAUCGAUAUACUACCACGUAAACAAUUCCAUGAAACGUGUUCAGGCAAGGGUUUCCACAUCCUCGGUAGAUGCAAAUGCAAUAAAUUGCACAGUGGGGCGCGGUGCCAGUUCUCAGAUGAAUGUUCUGAGGAUACUGACUGUGGUCUCAGAGGGAAGUGCGUGGAUGUCAACGCUACAGAGUCUCCCAGUCGAAUGUGCUACUGCCCUCACGGGUUCUAUGGGAAGGGGUGUAAUAAAAAGGCUCCAUGGAAAGACAAGGCAUUGAACCUAGGACUCUACAGCAAGAGGGAGUUGUCAAAGGACUUCUUCCUCUACUGGCGCGUGAUCAGGGACCUUCAGGAGAUGGAAAUCGUUAUGAUGGUUAACGGGACUUCUUAUGCAGCCGUUGGGUGGCGCCCUCAAGGUUUGAAGAAGGAAUGUAAAAACUUCCCAGUGUUGGGUUCACCACCUGAAACACAAUCAGAGCCGUUGCCAAAACCAGAGCCAAAAUCAGAGCCGGCACCUAAAUCGGAGCCAGAACCGUCACCUGAGCCUAAAUCAGAACCGCAACCAGAGCCAGAACCCAGCCCGGAACCAUCGUCAGAGCCUGAGCCUACACCUGAACCUAAAGCUGAACCUUUACCCGAACCAGAGUCACCAAAGUCAGAGCUAACAUCUACAUUAGAACCAAAGCCCGAACCAUCUUCGACAUCUGACGAAACAAGUACUGAAGCGUAUAACUAUGAAAACGACCGAAAUAAACGCGUCGCAAUGCACACAUUGGACGGUUUCGACUUUAAGAACCUGGGAAAUGAUGUUACUGUUAAAACCAGUAUUUCCUACAAAAUUUCGAGUUCAAAAGGACGCAAAAAACGUGCUGCUCAAGAAAUUGAAAAGUCAAAUGUGGAAACAUCGACCAGUUUUAUAGACCAUGAAACUGCAAAUUAUCCAAUUCCUUUACCAACAAAACCCACCGUAGAAUUGCCGCCUCCGACUAAAUAUAAGCCAUUUAAACCAAAGAUUAAGCUAGGUCCAAGACCCCUAUUGAUUUCUCCUCAAGAAUCAAAAGCUACACCUAAGCCUCCAUCACAACCUAAAACAGAACCAGAACCAAACCCUGGUUCACAAUCAGAACCAGAACCUUCUCCUGAACCUAAAGUAGAACCAGAACCUUCUCCUGAACCUAAAGUAGAACCAGAACCUUCUCCUGAACCGAAAGUAGAACCAGAACCUUCUCCUGAACCUAAAUCGGAACCAGCCCCUUCUCCCGAACCUAAAUCAGAACCGCAUUCUUCUCCUAAACCCAUAGCAGACUUAACGCCAACAGUAAAUACGGACUCCGAAUCUUCACAGGAACCAAAAUCCCGUCAGCCUAAAUCUAGAACAAUUUCUAUUAAAGAACCUACCUCUGAACCAAAAUCAGAACCUGAGCCCAAACCUGAACCGAAAUCUGAACCAGAACCUGCUCCCCAGCCAGAACCAGAGUCCUCUCCUGAACCCACAUCCGAGCCAGAAUCUACUCCAGAACCAAAAGCAGAACCAGAACCUACUCCUGAGCCUAAGUCAGAACCAGAGCCUACCCCAGAACCAAAAUCAGAACCAGAACCUUCUCCUGAACCAAAAGCUGAACCUGAACCUACUUCCGAACCUAAAGCUGAACCUGAACCUACUUCCGAACCAAAAGCUGAACCUGAACCUACUCCCGAACCAAAAGCUGAACCUGAACCUACUUCCGAACCAAAAGCUGAACCUGAACCUACUUCCGAACCAAAAGCUGAACCUGAACCUACUUCCGAUCCAAAAGCUGAACCAGAACCCACUUCCCAUCCAAAUGCUAAACCAGAACCUUCCGCUAAACGUAAGUCGGAGCCAGAACCAUCUCCCGAACCAAAUUCAGAACCGACACCCAUUCCUGAACCUGAAUCAACUCCUGAACCAACAUCUGAAAUUGAUCCCACUCCUGAACCUAGCGCAGAAGCCGAUGCAGAGAAUUUAUUAGUGAAAGGCCUAUAUGAAGAAACAGGUUAUUUCCCAUCUCACGAGUACGUGCCUAAAUUCGACUUUAAUCCAAUGGACUGCACGGAUAUAGUUAUCGGAACUGCUAGAGGGAACUAUCAUAGGGUCUUGGAUUACUAUACAAGGGACAGGUCGACUCCCCGAGUGGACACAUUCUGGGGUGGUCAUGACGAUAUCACGGCUUCGUCAGGGUUUGAAGAAAAUGGCGUAACUACUAUAAUGUUCAGAAAGAAAAUUAAGGCUAAAGAACCAACAGACCAUUCCUUAGUGGAUGAUCUGAUGCACGUGAUUUGGGCUCGUGGGCAGGAGAUGGGCAGAUAUAUCCACGCACCGCCCGCGGGACUCACGCAAGGCGACUUCUACCGCCCCGACGAGCUCAAGUACCACGGUCACGGAGACCAGAGGGGAGUUGUUGCUAUGAACUUCUUCGAAGAGACAAAAACGUCACUAUCGGGCAGCAUUAGUUCUUUAGAGAAUAACAAGUGCGGAGCGCAGUUUAAAUGGCCUACAGAUUGUGAUGUCGCUAACAACACUUGCGACUACGUUGCAUCUUGGGAGUAUCUAGGACAGAAGAGAGGAAAGGAUUCUAUUCGAUUCACCAUCAUCACCAAACAGACUAAAUAUUGGACCGGAAUUGGGUUCAGUCGGGAUCAAAAAAUGUCUCAAACCGACGCAAUACUUGGCUGGGUGGACAGUCGUUCUGGUAGACCGUUCGUUGGCGACGCCUGGCUUUCUGGAUACGCGGCACCGAGGUUUGACUCCCGGCAGGACAUUACCCAGGCAAAGGGGGAAACAUCGGACGGGUUCACGACUUUGAGUUUUGUGAGGAAACGAGAUACUGGGGAUAGUAAGGAUCUACAAUUUACGGACACGGAAUGUCUUUACUUGAUGUUCGUGACGCAGGGCGGCAAUUUCGACGCUGUCAACAAACGGACAAGCAAACACCAGCAAGUACCCAUCGUCACUGAUGACAAGAUAUGCAUUAAGCCUUGUGGACCAGAACCUAUUGAAGAAGAACAAACAACAGAAGCAAUAGUUCCUGGCUCCCACACGUAUGCCCUGCUCAUCCGGAUAACGGGUCUGGCUGACAGCUUCAGGCCUCCAGCUGCCGCUAGCCCAGAAUACGAGGAACUGGCGCAAAGGGUCGUCAACAGCUUGGCUGGAGAAUUGGCCAGGACGAAGGGGUACAAGGAUGUCAAAGUCAACGGAUUUAUGCAAAACGAAACAAAGGCAAUACUAGCAGAAUUAACUUUAAAGUCCAUCGAAUCGAACCUCAUAGAAGGCAGCGCUCGGUCAUUGGAAGGUUCUCCAGCACAGAACGAGACAGAAGAUGACACAGAGAAGUGGGAAAGGGCAGUCAGGGACACAUUGGCCAAGGGACGAGUUGGGAACUUAAAUGUUGACCCCGAGUUCUUGGUCUUUGCUCCGGAAAGCUUAGUGAUAAGCGGGAAUGAAGAGAAGAUAUCGGAAGGUGGUUUCGGGUCUGCAGCACGGCUUUGGGUGGUGGUAGGAUGUGUCGCCGCAUUAGUUCUGUUAGCUUUAGUGCAGGCUGCCUGUACUCUGGCACACUCUACCAGAGAUAAACAUAGAAAGGACCGUCUAAUUCCACAAACUGUUUGGAAAGACAUAACCUCAGCCAACACGAACUACGCGUUUGAACCGUUCGAAAACGACGAAAAAUUUAACUCUUCCCGCCCGCCCACGAGACCUACUUCCCCGCCCCCUCCCAGACCUGACCAAGCACGGAACGGUCACAGUGGCCAGAAAAAUGGAAAAAGCAAUGGGAAUAAUGGUCAUUUUAAUGGACACUCGAAUGGGCGUGUGGUUAAAACUCCCACGGGGACUGCAAAUAGGAAGCUCCAAAAUAGCGCGGCGCAGUAUUAUAAUGAUACCAGGUCGUUGCAGAGACCUAGGAGUCAGUAUGGCUACGGCCGGCCAGAGCACAGCAGCUAUUCUCUUCCCCGAGGACCACAAUCUCCUGCUUCAGUUCAAAGCGGUCACAGCGGAAGGUCCCGGGAACCGGCGCAACCAGAUUUCUACUUCAUGCCUUCGCAGAGGAAACACGAAGGUGAGGUUGUACGGGUGUACGUUACCCCACGAGAUUAG